AUGGAGCAGGAUGAGGAUAAAACAACUGCGGAAACCAACAGUACAGGAACAGACCCUAAAAAGAGGCGAAUCACCGAAGCUGUCAAUGUGCCUUCAAGCUCGGCCACUACCAAUAAUUCACUUCCAGCGUGGGUUGCAGGAGGUUCUCCGGCUCAUUUUGUUUCCCCAGACGAGCUUUUGAACAUGUCGAUAGCUAUGGACAAUUUGGCAUUAGUGCAUGAAAUAGCAAUUGAUCCCAACUUCUCAGUCUCUGAAGUUCCCGCAAAUCCUAUCGAAGCUGCAGUGAAAGAAAAUAUGUACCGCGCGUAUUGGGACAUCUUAUCAGAGGAGCUGAAAAGAGAUCCUCCUAACUACACUCACGCUUUUAAUCUCUUGAUGGAAAUCAAGCAAACAAUAUUGACCGAUAUUCUUUCAUCGACACAUGUGAGGCUGAGAGCUGAAGUUGAAUCUGUGCUGGAUGAGAAUACUCUGCGUAACAAGAUGGAACAGAAUUGUAUGGAUGUGCACGAAAUAGGCAAAUUUAUCGUUGACCUGCUUGGGAGGCUUUGCGCUCCAGAGCGCGACACUUUGGUGGAGAAACUCAGACACGAGGAGGAAGUCGUGGAGCUGAUCAAAGGAAUCUUCAAUCUUAUGGAUAUCAUGAAAAACGAUCUGACAAACUAUACGAUCUCGCAAAAUCGCAACGCAGUGGAGGCAUACAGCGCUCAGUUUGAGUACAAAGAAUUUUUGAAGUAUCUCGACAAAUUUCCUGACGGCUCAAUGAUGACAAAAGAAUGGCUCAAGCUUGCUUAUAUUGAUGCUUUUCCGUCCACUUCUAUCGCUAAACCAAAAGGGGAAACAGAAGAAGAGGUGUCUGCGAGUGAUGAAGAAGUGGUUAUAACAACAAGCAAAGGUUACCUUAGGCUGGUUGAGUCCGAAUCACCUUCACCCUACCCAGAGACUCUUCGAAUUGAUAGAAUGCGGAUGUGUGCGUUAGCAGAAAAAUUCUUGCAAAUGAAUAUCGUCACAAGCGCUGUCUUCGUAACGUGCAAUUUUGCAGGAAAGCAAAUUUCUGAAAGCGAAGGAUUCAAGAAAUCCUUGAAGGAUCAACUCAUAGUCAUUACCAAUGACAUAGAGGAAAAGAAUCUCACAACAACGGUGGAGUCUGUCUGUGAGCAGUGUGUUGUUGUGGUUAAGAAGACGGCUUCAGAACUUUCUGCUGAAAUACCGGAAGAACAGAUCAAGAUGCUUCGAAACCAAGUUCAUGCCAUUGCGGAUGAGCACAAUGCUAUCAGAGUCCUCGUCUGUAAACGGAUUGAAGCAUUUGUAAAUGAGAUGCUCUGUUCUCCUUCCGAGGUUCCCCGACGUCUGCUACCGGGACUGUCCCUCAUCCAGAGUGAACUUUGUGCCUUUACAGCGAGACUGCUUCGGAUUUGCAUUCACAACAGGAAGACCUUUUUCGAACUCUAUCGAAAUAUGCUGAAAACAAUUAAACGCAGUCUGGAAGAUAGUACCCCAUCUUGAUUGCAUUUACUUACUUGGAGUAUGCAUAAUAAUUCAUUGGAAUAGUGGAUGUUGAUCACCGAGAUAUAAGAGCUUUGCGAAAUUGCCGCAUAUCCAAUAGCUACUUUGAGAAGGUCUCGCUCGCCAAGAGCUCAAUAAACUACUUACGCA